AUGAAUAAAAUGAAAGAUUUGAGUCUGGGAGAGACAAUGAUUCGACCUGGGUUACUUGAAUUGGAUGGUGUUAUCCUCACAGAACCAAUUGCUAGCAUUUGGGACCAAGUGUGGAAGUUCAAAGCCAAGCCUGAUGAUGUGCUCAUUGCAACCUAUGCAAAAGCAGGUACCACAUGGACCCAGGAGAUAGUGGAUAUGAUUCAACAAAAUGGAGAUACUGAGAAGUGCAAACGUGAGACUACUUACAAACGCCACCCUUUCCUCGAGUGGUUUUUGGCAGAGCCUCCGUCUGCACAUUACUCAGGUGUGGAGUUAGCUGAAGCCAUGCCAUCUCCACGGACAAUAAAAACUCAUCUGCCCGUGCAGCUGCUGCCUCCAUCCUUCUGGGAACAAAAUUGUAAGAUAAUCUACGUGGCAAGAAAUGCAAAAGACAACCUGGUGUCAUACUACCAUUUCCACAGAAUGAAUAAAGGGUUGCCUGAUCCAGGAACCUGGGAGGAAUUUGUGGAGAAAUUCGUGACUGGAAAAGUCCUCUGGGGUUCCUGGUAUGACCACGUAAAAGGAUGGUGGAAGGCAAAAGAUAAGCACCGUAUACUCUAUCUCUUCUAUGAAGACAUGAAGGAGAAUCCAAAGCGAGAAAUUCAGAAGAUUGCAAAGUUCCUGGAGAAGGAUCUGAGUGAGGAGGUUCUAAACAAAAUAGUCCAUAGCACCUCAUUUGAGGUAAUGAAGGAAAACCCCAUGGCAAACUACACUAAAGACUUUCAAGGAAUAAUGGAUCAUUCCAUUUCUCCAUUCAUGAGAAAAGGCACUGUUGCAGACUGGAAGAAUCAUUUCACUGUGGCACAGAAUGAGAAAUUUGAUGAAGAUUAUAAGAAGAAAAUGUCUGAUACCUCUCUUGUUUUUCGCAUGGAACUGUAA